CAAAAUCAAACCUCAACUUCAAUAGAACACAAAUAAAAUUCCAUUACAGCCCAUAGGGCCCCCACCAAACAAUCCAAGCCCGUUUACAGCGCAAAAUAGGGGCCAAUAUAUAUCGCACAAACGAAAUUAUUUUGACUCCCAUUUCUCUUCGGUCGUACUGGAGAAAAAUUCGUGGGGUUUUUUUCAUUUUUUUUUUGCCGGGCGCCAUGGCUGGCUCUUCUGCUCCUCCCUCCGAUUCAAAUCCACCGGCGGCCGGAGGCGGAGCCUCAAAGUACCUCGCCAACCUUCCCUCUCGCGGCCUCUUCUCCUCAACUGUCCUCUCCUCCAAUCCGGGUGGAAUGCGGGUUUAUAUCUGUGAUCAUGAUACAGCUCCCCCAGAUGACCAGCUGAUAAAAACAAACCAAACCAACAUACUGAUCAGGUCUCUCAUGCUUAAGAAACAGAAGGGUGAUUCCAGCUCAAAGGAUAUAAAGGGUGCUUCUCCAAGUGAGGCUUCCAGAAAGAGGCCUGCCGAAAGAGCAUUGGAUGGAAGGGCUUCCGCUAAGAGGGGUGCGACCAACAAUCAAGCUGGUUCUCGACAAGAAGGAUCAAGAUCUCGUGUACCUGAGAAGGAUUUCCAGAGUUUGACUGUCGAGAGACUCCGUGCUCUUUUGAAGGAGAAAGGUCUUUCUCGGAAUGGAAAGAAGGAUGAACUGAUUGCCCGAUUACGAAGCGCAAAUGGCCGGUCAUAGUUCAGAGGUGGAGGAACAAGUUGCUCUUCAAAUCUCGACUACAUUCGGUAACAAGUAGAUGAAUUUUUUGUUUUCCAGUGUAAUUUCAGUGUGAUUUUGUAGAAACUUAGAGUGAGAGAAGAAAUGUCGACACAUUUUCUUUUUGUGAUCCCGUCUGUUGUGCAUUACUUAUUUUUGGUUGACUGAAGAUUUGUGAAUUAUUAACUGGUACAAAAGCAUAACUACAGUGUUUGGUAGUUUAAUUUCGAAAAUAUGAGGGUCUCCUUUCACAA